UGCGGGCUCCGCGGGGAAACUGCCGGCCCGGCCGGGCCGCACCGCACCGCGGGGGGACGGGCGGACCCGCCCCGGGCCCGCCCCUUCCGCGCCGGCGGCGCGAUGGAGGCCGGCGAGGCGGCGGGAACGGAGGCAGCGGCAGCGGCGGCGAGCGAGGCGGAGGCGGCGGUGGUGGCCGAGGCGCUGCGGCUGCUGCGGAUCGAGCCCUCGGCCGCGGGCGAUCCCGGCGCGGGGCGGGCGGACGGCGCGGCGGGUCCGUGCUCGAGGAACGCGCUGCGGAAGCGGCGGCGCUGGCAGCGGGUUCUCGCCGCCCGGCGCGGGAAGCGGCGGCAGGAGCGGCAGCGCCGCCGGGCACGGCGGGCAGCGGCGGACAGGGACGGCCCGAGACCGGCGCUCGGCAGCGGCCCCGCCGGAGCCGCGCCGCCCUCCCACCGCCGCGGCAGGGUUCCGGCCGCCCUGGCCACGGAGCGGCUGCUGGAGGCGCGGGCGGCGGGGCCGCGGCUGUGCGUGGACCUCGGCGUGGGCGGCAGCAUGACCGAGAAGGAGAGCGGCCGCCUGGCCUCGCAGAUCCGGAGGCUGUACGGGGCGAACCGCCGCGCGGCGCGGCCCUUCUGGUUGUGCCUGACGGGGUUCGCGGCCGGGACGCCGAUCUACGAGCAGUGCUUCCGCAUGAACGACGGCUUCGCUGGAUACCUGAUGGAUACAACUCCAGAGAGUUACCUGGACCUGUUUCCUUUGGAGGCCAUUGUUUAUCUCACUCCUGACUCUGAGAAUGUCCUUGAAGACAUUGAUCCGGACAAAGUGUACGUGCUGGGAGGCCUGGUGGAUGAGAGCAUUCACAAGCAGCUGACCCUGCGGAGGGCACAGGAGCACUGCCUGCAGACAGCCCGGCUCCCCAUCCGCGAGUACAUGGUGAAGGCCCCUAAUUCCAGGAACUACCACUCCGAGACGCUGGCCAUCAAUCAGGUCUUUGAUGUCCUGUCCACCUACUACGAGACGGGAAGCUGGCCAGCAGCUCUGAGGGCUGGAGUUUCUUCUGGAAAAGGCUACGUGCUACCGGAUACAGCGGAACAGGUGGAAACACCCCAACGCGCCACUGCUGCCCAAGAAAACUCUUUAUUUUGUGAUGAGGAGCUGCACAGGCAGGAAGCACCAGCAUGAAUGUGCACAGGAGACAGCUGUUUCCAGCAGUGUGAGGAUGUUGUUGGAGCAACACCUUCUACCUCAGGAAUGUGGUGCUGGACAUCCCCCAUGUCCCUGAGCAGGAAAGAAAAGUUGGUGGAGCCUAGUAUCAAGUGAAAACUGACAGGAAUCAGUUUUGCUUCUUUGCAAAACUUGUUUGUGACUCCUAUACCUACACUUGUUCUGGGAUGGGGGGGAGAGCUUUAGGGUGUUUUUGUCAUUUUAUUGAAACAGAGAGUAAGGUGAAGUUAGGAUUGCAAAGCUUAUGGGCAAGGAAAAGCCCCUACCAUGGGACAGGACAGUCCUGCUCCUGCAGGAGAUUGCGGGAUGGCGAGCAGUUCCCAAGGGCACUAUGUGCCAACAGCUUAAACCCAGUGAAGACUUAGUGAGUUGUUGAAGCCUUUGGCUAGUUGUAUGCAUCUAAUAUAAAAUAAAAGGUUUAGAUCCCCA